AAUAAUAAUAGGCUUUGUUCAAAUUUUCAGUUUGCACAAAGUUCUAAUGGAUCUCCAGAAUCAGAAAUUGAAAGAAUUAAAUGACUGGCUAACAAAAACAGAAGAGAGAACAAGAAAAAUGGAGGAGGAGCCCCUUGGACCUGACCUUGAAGACCUAAAACGACAAGUGCAACAACAUAAGGUGCUUCAAGAAGAUCUAGAGCAGGAACAAGUCAGAGUCAAUUCUCUCACUCACAUGGUGGUUGUAGUUGAUGAAUCUAGUGGUGAUCAUGCAACUGCUGCUUUGGAAGAACAACUUAAGGUCAGGAUAUUUUCUUUAAUAAAUAAAUAACUAA